UUAGAAGACGGACUUCCGGGGAUAGCACCCAGUACGUGUGUUAUUGCCUGAUAUCCAUCAAACUGUAGUUCAGUAGUUUGGUCUGAGUGCAUUUUACAUCGAGUAUUUACAGAGAAGGCCUGAGCAAUGAAUCCUGCCUUCCGGAAGUUGCAGGUAUCUGUCACACGGCAGGCAUUCCUGUUGAGUAAAGCUCUAACACCAUGCCAGGCUGCACCGUCCAUCCAGCAUCCUGUUUGGUGCACAGACUCUAUAAACGAAAGACAGUACAAGGGCAUGCCAACCCACGGGAUUGGGAGAUGGAAGUAUCUUUUACCUAAACAGGCACCGAGGAAAAAGAAAGACAAGCAGCAGAUGAAACAGAGCGUCCCUGCGACAGAUACAGCAUACGGCACUCUGAACGUGCAGGUGUCGGGAUAUGACAUGACUGUCGUGGAGCAUUAUUCCCAGUACAUCCACAACCUCUGCAACCGGCUCGGCAUCAAAGUGGCAGAAAGCUAUGCUUUGCCCACAAAGAGCACGGAGGUCAUGCUAAUGCAAGAGCAAGGCACCAAGAUGUACGUCGACGCCGUCCUCAAGACUCACCACCGAGUCGUUCAGCUGAGCAGUAUGAACGCCACGUUGUGUCCCGUCUUCAUGGACGUCCUCUUAAAGAAUCAACCAGAGGGAGUUCAGCUCUCUGUGAAGGAGCACACCGAAGCUGAUUUCCAAGCACGGUUUAAGGCGCGUCCAGAGCUGGAGGGGCUCGUCGCUCAGAUGAAACAAUAACUUUCUGCCUCAUUAUCAACGAGUGUCAGUUUGAAUUAAUUUAUUGCCCAUCAUUCCUCAGUAACAUGCUGUUAAACGUGAUUGCAUUGAAAAAACUGUACACAUUCAUAUUUGACAUUUAUUUUCUGACCUUUGGGGGAAUAAAACCACAUUUUUCCAGUUUAAA